UCUCAGGCUGCGGUGAGUAACAAGCUCGGCUCCUCCCGGACACUUUAAACUUUCUGUUGGGGAGGACUGAUCGCAUCUCUACGCUCCUGCUCUAUUCGGAUCUAAACUCCACAAUAUCAUAUUUUUUUCUUCUUCUGCAGACUCCUCCAACACGUUCCUUUAGAGUUUCGGUCAUUUAUUUUUUGCAAGGCAACCUCGCCAGUAGUUGACUUCACCUGUUGCCAAGAGAUGUUCACAACCGCUGUGCAGAUGUGAACGUCUUAUAAAAUAGUUCACCACAAUUCGUUGAGAGCAUCGCAGUUUUCUUGUUUAUAAUUUAGUUCAAUCAGUGAGUUUGGCGGUUAUGGAUCUGAGACCUGAUCUCCCCACAGUCUCCUCCGCCUCCUCACUCCACCCUGGAGCGGCAGCAGCGGCGGCAGCAGCCAACAUCCCGGUGUCCAUGGCCAGCAACCUGCUGCGCGGGCCUCCGCUGCUGCUGCGGGCCGCGGACAAAUACCCGCGCACCCCGAAGUGUGCCCGCUGCAGGAACCACGGCGUAGUGUCCGCGCUCAAGGGCCACAAGCGCUACUGUCGCUGGAAGGACUGUAUGUGCGCCAAGUGCACGUUGAUCGCCGAGCGGCAGCGCGUCAUGGCAGCGCAGGUGGCGCUCAGGCGGCAGCAGGCGCAGGAGGAGAACGAAGCGCGCGAGCUCCAGCUGCUCUACGGGACGGCGGAGGGGCUUGCUUUGGCUGCCGCUAACGGGAUCAUCCCUCCGCGUCCAAACUAUGAGGUGUUUGGAUCUGUCAGCAGCGAGAGUAACUCAGAUUCAAGUAUCCAGAAGUAUGAUCUGUUUACCAAGAGCCAGCUCUCCGGCUCCGCCACCCUUCAGCAGGCUGCGGGGAAACCGGCCUCGACCGAGAGUGACUGUGCCCCGGGCAUCUCGUCCCCGGACGGCAGGCACGGAGGCUCGGGUUCAGAGAACGGAGACAGCGAGUCAUUCAUCAGCUCUCCUGUCUCCAAGCCUUUAAAAGACGGAGGAGAAACCCCCGGCUCCAUCAGCUCCCUCGGCUCUGACUCCGGCUCUGAGACGGACAAAGACGAACAUGAAGCGUCCCCGUCCUCCGCGGCCUCCCGCCACAUGAACGCCAUCGACAUUCUGACCCGGGUGUUCCCGAGCCACAAGCGUAGCGUGCUGGAGCUGGUGCUACAGGGGUGCGGGAAAGACGUGGUGCAGGCUAUCGAGCAGAUCCUCAACAACAGCGGCGGUCAGGGCCCCAACAAACCCGGUCAGGAGGAGACGUGGACGGCAGAGAGGAUGCUCCAAAACGCACAGCAGGCUCCGCCAUCCUCUACAUCCACAACCGCCUCGACCAGGCCCAUGAUCCCCGGCGCCAUGACGCUCAGCAACCGCUCUGCAUUUUCUCCUCUGCAGCCCAACGCCCCGCACUUCGGGGCCGACCCCAGCACCUAUUCUUUGGGCACCCACCUGGGACUGAACCCGCUGCGGCUGGCCUACUCCGCGCACAGCCGGGGACUGGCUUUCAUGACGCCCUACUCCACCACCGGCCUGAUGCCCGCCCUGGGCUUCAGACCCCCGAUGGACUACGCCUUUAGCGACCUGAUCCGGGACCGGACAAUGUUACACAAGGAGCAAGGCUACGCCAGUGGCCUGUACGGGCCUCUGGUCAACAACACGCCAGAGAAGCAGUGAGGCUGGCGGACUGAACGUAGAAACACAUUCCUCUGUGUUUGUAGCCACAAGUGUUGAAUGUUCUGCAGAAAAUCUGUCAUGUGUUUUGGCUACAGGCUGUUGUAAAUAAUAAGAUUAUCCGGCCUGUAGUCAAAUGGCCUGAGAGGGGGGGAAUCUAACCUCAACAAUGUGUAACUUUCAAAAACAAUUUUCUAUGUUUGACUGCAAAUGUUUGGAUGACAUCCCCCACGUUAAGGUGUAUUCCAGUUAAAUAAAAUAAAAGACCUGAACAUAUUUAUAGAUUAAAAAGAAAUCAGCUGGGAAAGCAGAAAAGACGACCCAGUAAGUAAAUGCUCGAACAUAAACAUGUUGUAUUACCGACUAUCUGAAUUGUGCAGGAUUAAAAUUAAAUGAAGAAACGAAUAAAUCUUCAAUCAGAUUUAUGCAUUUUUAAAUCCAAAAUUUACAUGAAGUGAGUACACAUCAUUUUUAUAAUUAAAUUUUAAAUACUCUGAUUUUCAGUCACACACAUGAAAUAUAAAAUAAGAAGAAAUUAAGUUAUUUUAACAUGUAUCUUAACGAUUGUUGAUACUAUUUCCGAAUGUGAGUAAAACUAAUGAUAUGUAAAUGACAUCCCCGUUUUCCUUAUGUAUUAUUUCACUUGUCUCACCUUUCUUUUAGCUCAUUUCCAACUACCUGUAUUAUAUAUUGCGUUUGUUAAUAUAAAAUGCUAUGCUAUAUCUGACUUUUCAUUUAUCUGUUAGUCAGCUCAAAUAUUUUGUGGCAAAGUGCUGGAUCGAGUCCGUUCCUCUUCAAAUGUUACAAGCUGUGCUGUCACAUUGUAUGAAUAUGCUGGAAAUAAUAAAUGUUAUUUUAAAGAAA